AACCUAUUUCAUGAAUUUCUCUUUGUUUAUGGUGAGCCCGCCAGGAAUCCUUAGCUUGUCAUGUCAUUGUCAAUCAAACAAAUGGAUUGUAAAAUCAGCUGAGUGUACAAAAUAAUUUGUAAGAUUAUUUAUAAAAAAGCCUCACUUAAGUCGUGCAAUUUUAUAAUAUAAUAAGGUUAAUAUUAUGGCAGAAAUAUCCUGGCCUUGGCAGUAUAAUUUUCCCCCGUUUUUUACAAUUCAGCCGCAUUUAGAAACUAGAACAAAACAACUGGAAGCAUGGCAGCAACUCAUUGCAGACUAUUUAAAAGCCACAAAGCAAUCAACUAUAGACAUAAGAGAAUCACAGCACAGCCCCCUUUUCAACAACACAACAAUCAAUAGAAAGUUAUCACAGGAAGCAAUUCUGUCAAUUUUAGAGUAUAUGUCGAAAACUGGCCGGGCAGCUGCGGUGGAUAAAAGUAGAAAUGUAUGGGAGGUGUAUUGGCAUUCAUUGGACGAAUGGGGUAAUAUGAUAUACACUUGGGCGAGCAAUAAUGGGUUAAAUAAUGCAGUUUGUACGAUAUUCGAGAUAAGGGAAGGUGAAAAUACUGUUGAUGAAGAAUUCCACGGCCUUGACAUGAACGUCCUCAUAAAGGCGUUAAAAUCGCUACAAACGAAGGGAAAGUGCGAGCUGAUGGAGUUUGACGACAACCAGGGAGUCAAGUUUUUUUAACAUGAUGGCCAGUAUUUGAUAGGCAUGUUGAAUAAUAUAAUACAUCUCGAAUAUUAUACAAAUUAUGCCCUCCAAUUAUCGGGUUGUCAUCUUACCAAGCAAACCGAAAAAAUCCUGCAGCAAUAUGUGACUAUCAUAAACAGAUCGUCCACGUUGUUGUCAGCGACUAGUAACGCCGCGAAUGAAUUAAUUGUUGUGUUGUAACGUCGCGUCCGUGUAAAUCUUUCGUGGCGCGGCAGACUCUUCUAAAUACGACUCUAUGCCUUAGUGAUAAGGGCGAAUUUACCAUAAACUUCGGUAAUCUAACAUGAGUGGAGACCUGCUUUAUUACUUCUAAAUAUUCAGGUGUAGGGCUAUGUCAACGUGCCUAUUAAUAUAUAUAUAAAUUAAUUACAAAUUCUGACACAAUUUAUGAAAAUCGUACUUUGUACAGUCACGCGCAUUAAUAUAUUUACACACACAAAGGUUUUUAUUUCAAUGUGACAAAAUUAAAAAUUUCUACACACAUCAAUGCACGUGUCUGUACAGUAUAUGUAAGAAACGACAUAAUGCCACAGAUUAUAUACUUAAUAUGAGUAAUAUUACUACUUCCCACUAGAUCUGUUGCUGCUAAGGAAAGUGAUCUUUAAAUAUACACACAGAAGGUUGAGGUUGCUUCCCUUGGCUAGCGAAUUUGUUCCGAAAUUGGUCGAAACGGCAGGCGAAGUAAUUUCGAUCUUUUGGCCGGAUAUCUAGAGAUCUUUUUCCUUUGCAACAAAGGUUCAGUGACUUUUAUAUAAUCUGUGAUAUAGGCCAUACUUAAGUGUACUAGUUUUUGAAUUCUCAGUUAAGUACAUUUAUUUUCGAUAUGAAAUGUUAAAUGCAUUUUGUUAAGCUAUUGAUAUUUUAAUGUUGCAAAUAUAUUGCCUAAUAUUUUUAUAAAGAUGGUAUUAUUUCUUAUGUUUUUUUUUCACGGUUGCAAACUGACAGUUUUCAAAUUUAAACAUUGGGCAGAUUAAAUAUAUGAAUCCAGUUUAUUUGGGAAAAAUGAAAAUUCAAAAUAAAAUUGGAUUUUUUUUUUAUUUCAAUCAAUCGGUGUAAAAUUGUACAAUUUCAAAAUCGAUUAGCUUAUAUUAGUACGAAUAUAAUACAUAUUAUUAUAUUAGAAAAAUGUAAAAUUCAUAAAAACGUCGGAUAUUGUACUUUUUUGGAAUAUUUCUUAUGAAAACUUGUUUUUUUUAUAAUUCUAUUGUUCUAUGGACUCAUUCAGACUAAUAUAAGAUAUUUCAUUCUAAAGAAAAUUACACAGUGGGAAAAAUAGCUAGAUUUUUUCGUGAGAUUUUUUCAUCUAAUAUUUAUGCCUUUAUUCUAUUAACUGUCCAACUCUGAACUGAAUGGGUUAUUACUUCAACAUUGUUAUAUAGAAAAACAUGCGACCUACAAAAAUGGAGAUAGUUCUAUUUUUCUACCACCUUAUACACAUUACACACUCGCCAAACACAUUUACCAAAACCGAAUAAAGUAAGAGAACUUCCUAGGGAUUUGUGCUACAAAAAAAUUGACACUCCUUAAUAUCCUUUGCAAAAGUUAAUAUCAGACAUGUGACUACAUACUUAUAUAUUAUGUAAAGUUGCGUAGUACCAAAACCGAACACCCAUCUUAUUAACAUUAAGAUCCAGGUGUGUAAAUCAUAUAAGUAAUUUAAUUUUAAAUCCUUCGAAUCCCGCAGUCACAUUCGAGUAUCAAUUGUUCUUCAAUAGUAAACAUUUAAAACCAUCGCGACAACUGUGACCUACCAGAAUCGACAACCAUGUAAACAGUUAUGCUAUUCCAUCUUAGGAAUAUACACAUAAUAUAUUGCUACAUACACACGACAAUUCCUAACAUUAUACUAAGAAUCAGUCUUUAACCAAAAUACACAAUUUAACAACUCAACAAAUAAGUUAACUGUACAUAUAGUACUUAUCAAAGGCCCGUUUCACCGCUAUCUAAUAAAAUGUCAUAUUGUAAUCUGACAGAUAGCCAUAUAUAUGCAACAAUCGUGAAGCACAAUUUUAACGCUGUUUGAUAUGUUUCAUAUAGGCUAUCUGGUACUUUAUCAGCGAGUGGUGAAACACUACAUAGGAAUUACUAAUGUUAUUAAUACGAUCAUUAAAAAACAUUUAAAACGGUUAAUUUCAAAAUUGUGCCAUUAGGGUUGUACUCUAUGAUACACUAAUCUGCGAAAAUGUUGUAUAAACAUAUAUUUUUUACACCUGACCUGAUGAUUAGAUUACUGUAUUGUCUAAUCUUAACACACGACAAAAAUAUAGAGUAUGUAAUAGAAUUACUAAUUAUACACAGUUGUUUCUUUUACUGACUUGGAAUAUAUACUUCAGUUUAGUAAGUAUGGAUUAGCCAAUAGGUAACAAGAAUACCACAGGAUCCUUUUCCUCCUGUCCCAAUGCGGCAGAGACCCUAUUAAAAAUAAAUGCUUCGGACACUAAAUCCACUUUUAGAUUUAGACAUAUACACCAGAUGAAAUUGUUACAGAAAUUGUAUCUGCUUUCAAAGCCCUAAAUGUUAAAAAUACUGAGGACCUAUAGGGAAUUUCUGUCUGAGAAUUGAGCAGCAUUAUUGACAGAUUGCUCCUCACCUAACCGUAACAUUCAAUAAAUGUAUAUCGAGGGCGUGUUCCCAGACUUAAUGAAAAUAAGUAUAAUUCUUGAAACUAUCAUUAAAAAUUUAAAGUUAUCUUUAAAUUAAAGGAUAUUUUUACAAAUACGCAAUUAAAUACAAGAAAUGUCUUGUGAUAAGCCUUAAUGAAAAAAGUUUCAUAAUAUUUUUUUAUACGCUUUGAAACUUUAAUCAUGUAAGUACAUACAUUAAUAUAUUUGGCUGAUAUAUACAUAAA